GUAUGAUUAAAAGGAAGAGCACAAUAGACUAGUAGUUCAAAUCACUCAAUAGAUUCUGAAAACCAUGUCCACUCGCCGUGAUAUUCUCUCUUUGCUGCAUCACCAACAGAAGACUCGGGGAACCGACCAGUCUUCACCCGUCAAUGUAGCCGUCCCUAGUAUCACAGUCUCUUCUCCAAGGAGCAGGAGCAACAGCAGAAAUGCAGUAAUAGGAGGCAACGGCUAUCCACAGCCUCCCGCCUCUCCUCUCCUUCACUGGAGUACAGGUAGAAGAGUCUGGUCCGAGCCAGGCGGCAGCAGUGGGCUUUCCGCUAGUAGCCUCUUGGUAGACAGCGGACGGAGUAGUCUCACAAGCUACGGGUCCCAGGAAAGCCUUCUCUUCACUUCACCGCUCGCCACUGACUCUGAUGUAUUCAGCGACUGCUACACAGACGAUGAAGAAGAAGAAGAAGAAGAAGACGAGAUUGAGGAAGUCCCGCUCUCUGUCUACCUCCAGGGCAAAUGGAAGGAGUGGAUGGUUGGGUCGGAAGAGAUCCAACUCUACGGGGAGGCUGCCUCGAGCUGCAAAGAAACAGUUCAAAAAGGUUACUGGCACGGUAACGUUUGGGUCCACCAGCGAACCAUCAAAAGACAAGAGGACGUUCGCUCAUUUGCCAAUGAAGUCAACACACUUUGUUGCAUACGUCACGAAAACAUACAACUAUUUAUGGGGGUAUGUCUCGAUUUACCAGCAGGAGACACUUUUGGGAUCAUAAUGAGUGAGGUUAAAGGGGAUACACUGUACAAUCAUAUUCACAAACUUGGGCACAAUUUCACUACUCCCUCCAAAUUAAAGAUACUGAGACAGAUAUCUGAGGGCAUGGAAUAUUUACAUGCUAAAGGUAUACAACAUGGCGGGCUUAGCUCUAAACUGGUCACCAUUAAUCACAGAGUUUGCAUCUCUCUAUCAUUCCACAACACGAACAACAGGCAACUAGAAGGCUGUGACCUACCAUAUCUUACUCCAGAAGAAAUUCGAUCCAUCACCCAGCUAUCAAACGGAUAUCUCUUCCUUCCUACAAAGCCAACUCCGUCCACUGACAUAUUUGCCUUUGGUACUAUCGCUUACGAGCUGACAACACUAAAGCUCCCCUUUUUGAAUCAGUCGCUCUUGGAUCUCAUAUGGAGCGUUGGAAACAACGGCCACCAAUCCCUCAAACUCCUACCUCGGAGCUGCUUUCGGUCCGUUAUUCAUCGUUGCUGGUCUCACACACGUCGCACGACUUUCAAGGACAUCCUCUCGUCGAUACAGGACAACACCUCAUUUCCUCCGACACGAUUCUCUUCGACUAGUCUUCCUCUUUCAUCGCAGCACUGCACGUUGAGACAAUGAGUGAGUAUUGAUCGAGGACUCUAAAGUAAUAGAGAAUUAAAGGAAUGAGAAGACUGGCCGGUUGAGUCCUUUAAGAGAAGAAGAAACUUGAAGACCUGCUGUGUUUGAGAGAGGAAGAAUGGCUGCCACGUAUACAGAAAUAGAAAGAGAUGGAAAAAUAACAAUAAUAUUUGAAUAGGAAUAUGGCCUUCCAGGAAUGAUGAUGAUUAUCAAUCACGCCAUCAUCAAAACAAGAAAGGGAAAGGGACACUUAAACUCUUUAAGGCAGAAUACACAUUGUCCCUCAGACUGCCAAACACAGUGAAUUUAUAAAUUCAGACAUCCGUCGUGGAGCUUAUCAGAUACAGGCUGACUCUCUCUCGUCCUUAUGUUUACAUCAAAAUUGUUUCCUGAUAUUGAUUACAAGUUAUAACAAUCAGUUCUGGGAAUCCGAGGAAGAAAGGUGCAUACUGUUUAGUCAAGAAAGAAGGAAGUACAUAUAGUCAAUGAGAAGUGUACACAAGGAGUCCACAGCAAAGUCAACUUCAAUUAGAGGAAUGUACACUUUGGAAAGUAGACUGGAAGGAGGAGUGGAGCCUAGUGUACAUUGUAUAAUGAACUUGUUUACUUGUAGGCUCGACUCUCGUUUCAUCUACAGCCCGUUUAGUUAUUGUUUGGGAAGAUUGCACUAUUUUGAUGACAUUUCUCUCUAACUCUUUCUCCUAGCUCUCUCAUUCUCACUUGUUUACAUCGUUUAUGAACUUGGAAACAAUGACACACAUCUACCAUGCACCAUCAUCACUUAUUGACACCUCUGUAUGCACUAUAGAAUUAUUAUUAGGAUAUUAUUAUUAUUAUUAUUAUCAUCAUUAUUAAUGUUGUUGUUUCUUUUAUUAUUAUAUUUUUGUUAUUCCUGAAUCCAAUUUGCACAUUUGUUAUAAAGAUAUGCAAAAACAAAA